AUGGAGAGCCAGAUGCUGUGCUGCUUGGCCCUUUGUCUCCUGAGAGCAGGCACAGUGCGUAGUAGUGUCACUCAGACCCCAAAAUACCUGCUCAGAGAGGAAGGACGAGAUGUGACCCUGGACUGUGAACAGAACUUGAAUCAUGACUCCAUGUACUGGUAUCGACAGGACCCAGGGCAAGGGCUGAGGCUGAUCUACUUUUCACGAGUUGUGAAGAAUGUUGAGCCGGGAGACCUGGCUGAGGGCUACCGUGCCUCUCGGGAGAAGAAGCCACUCUUUCCCCUCACUGUGACAUCCACCCGAAAGAACCAGACAGCUGUGUAUCUCUGUGCCAGCAGUGCAGACACAGUGGAGCACGGCCACCUCCCCUCUGUGCACAAAUGUGUCUGGGCCCUGCUUCACUGCCAGAUGGCAUGGUCCUCCAUACCUAGCCUUGCCCACUUUUUUUUCCACCUCAACCAGGCACUCACAGCAGCUGCUGCCAUCACCAUGCUGUGUGGAAUGGCACGCUACUUCAGUGAUCCACUGGGCUGGCUUUAA